GCACUAACCACUUCAUACCUACCUUGCCUAUCCAUCUCAGACCUCACCUAACCUCACUUCACCUCGCCGCUAAAAGCCCGUCACGGCGCCGGCGCCGCCUCUACACGCAUGCAUAGCGCCGCAGCGUGCUCCCACACCGGCACCUCGACGUCUCUCACGCACAGAACGGCAGCGAAUGGCCAUCCCCGCCUAGGAGAUCCAACUCGUCCCCCCGGUCCGCGGCAGGUGCUGGCUAGGCGACCCCCAUCGUGGUGUUUACUCGAGCCUCAUCGUACCACCGAUUUAGCACCCGUGCUACUGCUGCUCGAAGAAAAGCUCUCGCGCGAGACGAAGGUGUUCGACUUGACGACCGCGUAUAUAUAACGGCCUCCCCGUGCGACCUCAUUGGCCCUGUUUCCUUUACCGAACGCCCUUCCGCCUCGGGCGCCUUGAGCUAUCGCGGGCCUGGCCUGGCCACUCAACGUGGGUGGAGGGCGUGGCGCGGCUUCAGCGGCGAUGGCCUCGGCGCGGGGCUCAGGGUCUCCCAUCGCGCCGCUGGCCGCGGGCGAGCGCGCGUCCGUGGCGAGAAACACUAGCGAGGUGAUGCCUCCCAAGAUCCCCGCCGGCGCUCCCGGUGGUGGUGUGGGGGUGACGCCCGCGUCGCCCGCGUCGACGACGACAGCGACGACGACAGCGACGACGACGGCGUCGUUGCUGGCGACUCCCCUACAGAAACUCCAGCCGCAGCCGCAACUGCAGACGCAGCCGCAAUCGUCGCCGCCGUCGCUUCGGCACACGCCCCCGCCCCCGCCCCCGCCAUCGCUCGCGGCGCAUCACCGCAUCCGCGCGCUCAACGACAAGUGGAAGGGCGCUCAGGCGCUGGGCACCGCCGCUGCUGUGGACAAUAAGGUCGCUGGGAUAGAUCUGGAGAGCAGCGAGAGCAGCGAGAGCGACGACGACGACGAUGACGACGAUGACGGUGACGACUCGGAUCAAGAUGCCGAGGAUGAGAUCGUCCGUGAGGAGGUUCAUGUGCCGCCGGCGAAGCCUUUGCCUUCGUCGCAGACGCCGGUGCCGCUACCGAGCUACACGAGAAGCGUGCUGCCGACAACGACGACGACGACGCCUAUGAGCUCAGUCCAGGCUAAGCCUGCCCUCGCUACAGGGCAAGGUCCUUCGAAGCCUCGGCCUCUAGCUCCGCUGCGACCCGUCGUUGCGAGCCUCAAGUCAGUAACAACAGCACCUGACAGCCAUGUCGCCGAUGCUACCGACACCGCCCUGCGAGCCCAAGCAUUGCGCCUUACGGAAGACGCCGUGUCCACGCAGCUCCACUCGGUGCAGGAUAUGCCCCCGAGCAGCGCCGGCAGCGACAGAGACUCCGCGGUCACCUCGCGCCCGUCGUCGAGCGGCCACAGCAUGCACUUCCCCUCGGCGGCCGAGCUCCUGGAUCGGAUACGUAAAGAUGCGGAGACGGCCCAGCCGAGCGCCAGCCAAGAAGCGUCCUGGCCGGCGACUAACGGCGCCGGCGACGACGAGGGCUCCGAGUGGGAGGCCGGUAAGACAGGCAGCGACCAGGACGACGAAGACGACGACGACGACGGCCUGGUGGAGCUGGAUGAGAUCCCUGCUGACUUUAACAAAGCCCCCCGGCCGAGACCCGGUUCGGCACCGGAGAUUCUGGCGGCCGUCGACGGCCGCCCUUACAACCUGUUUGAAGGCCCCGAUGGCAGAAAGGAUGCGGCCCGAGGCGCCAUUAUACCAACAAACUAUCGGCUCCAGGACCAGGCUCCUCGAUUCGUCUGCCCGGUCCGAGACUGCCGGCGGCUCCUCAAAAACAUGACGGCCCUGGGCGCGCACUUUGGCAACGUGCACAAAAGGGUCACCUUCAACGACAACUGUGACGGGACCUUGACGGUUCUAGGACCCUCGAGGGACAAGAGCCAGUCCGGAUUCUACUCGGGCAUCGUCGUGUCCCAGAACCCCCUGCCGCCGGAUGCACCGCCCCCAGUCGAGCCGUCUCAGCCACCUUGGGCGCUGACACAGGUUUCGAGGAUCGAUCGGACCCCGAUACGGGCCCUGCCCGGCUCGUCUACGUUUCGCUUCUCGUCGGCACACGGACUGCGCUCGCAAGAGUCGUUUGGGUCCGACUCAUCCCCGGCUGCCUCGACGCCGGGCUUGGGACCGCUGGGAUCCCUGCCGUCUCAGCCGACGGCGCCUAGAACAGGGAGCGCAGAACACUACGGCACGCUGGCCAUUGCAAAGAAUCCCUCGCCGCCUCGACAAAAGCCCAGCGAGUAUCUCACCAGUCUGCUGCACAAGGACAGCCUGAUGCCGAACCGGGCGGACAUUCGAUUCCUCAACAUGUGCGUACUCCGGCGCGAGCUACCCCUCUCGUGGAUCGAGCACCACCAGGGCACGAUGCUGGCGGCGCCGUUCUACGCGUCCGCCAUGGCGUACAUUGUGGGCUCGGCCGUCGAGGGGCGGCGCGCCUGCACGCGCAAGAAGACGACUACGCGGCGGCUGUCUGACCUUUGCAUCAAGCUCCCCGCGAACAUGCCGCCCGAGACCAGAGUUGUGUUCAGCAAGACGGAGACGUGCGCCGGGUGCCACUACUACGCCAACUUGCACCGGCAGAGGAACGCCUGCGACUGGAACCUGGAGGCGGACUGUGGAUCGUCGGCCGAGUCGGCGGAGCUCGAGACGCAGCACCGGCACCAGCGCCAGCUUCAGUGGGAACAGGGGCGCAAACGACGCCUGUCGACGCAGCUCGAGCCGCAGCGCCGGCACCAGCGCCAGCUUCAGUGGGAGGGGGCCGCAAGUACAAGCGCAAACGGGCAGGGGCGCAAACGACGCCUGUCGGCGGCCGAGGCGGCGCUGUCCGAGCCACCGCGGACCAAGGUGGCCAAGACGGCUGCGUCUCCCGAGCUCAAAGACUCGGAGCAGCAGUCGCUCGAUAUGGAGGACUGGGAGUUUGCGCCGGGCAGGGUGGUGGACGAGGAGAGCAACGAAAACAUCAUCUACUCGAUGCCCUUCCUGUCCAGCGCGCAGCCCGUCACCGUGGCCAUGGAUGUGGGCGUAAACAUCCAGGUGGUCAAGCCGGGGACCAGGGCGCGGUGGGCGGCCGAGGCGGCGCAGCUCCGGUCGUGCAUGGUCUCGCAGGGCAAGGUCAGGGUGCGCAUCGGGACGACUACGGCGCACGUGGGCCCGGGGGGCCUGUUCGUGGUGCGUCCGGGGAGGGAGUGCGCCGUGGAGAACAGGCAGUACGGGGACGCGGUGAUUUUCUGUACGACGCACAGGUCGUACGAGCUCGUUUCGGACGAGGACUGA